AAUCACCUCUCUGUGUCUCAAAUAGGCCAGGGAGGAAACCCUGCAUGUGCAGCCUUUUCUUAAAGGGAAGUGAAGACUUGCUUGUACAGCAUUUUGUUUUACUUUUUGUGCAGACACCACUGUCAGCACAUACACUUUCAGCAUGAACCACUCCACUGAGCUGUCUCCUUCAGAGGAAAUGGCCCCUGAGGAGUUCGACGGUGGAACAGCUGUGGUUUGUGUGAUCCUGGGUCUGUCUUUUCUGGUAGGAGCACCAGGGAACCUUCUGGUUAUCUGGACCAUCCUCAGACAUGUCAAGCAACGUUCCCACACAGUGGUGCUCAUCCUGCACUUGGCUGCUGCCGACCUGCUGGUCCUCAUCACUCUGCCUGUGUGGAUCUACUCCCUUGCCAACUCUUGGGUGUUUGGAGAGGCCUCCUGCAAAGCCAUGGUGUUCAUGAUCAAUGCCUGUAUGUACAGCAGCGUUUUCCUCAUAACCCUCAUGAGCGUGGAACGUUUUCUGGCUGUGCGCUACCCUUUUGCCUCAGCUGGCUGGAAAAGGAAAAAGGCUCUGAAUAAAGUACUGCUCACUCUGUGGACUGCGGCAUUCUUGUUCAGCAUCCCCGUCAUCCCAACUCAGGUUGUGGAAGCGGAAUCUGGUGAGGAGCAAUGCCUGUAUCGGCUUUACACCUCUGUCACCCAGGAGCUGGUCUGUGUGCUGCUAGAGACACUUGUGGGCUACAUAUUACCCUUCUCCAUCCUUGUGGUCUGCUAUGGCUGCCUGUGCAGCCGGAUCACCCAGAUGAACUUCAAGUCCAAGCGCAAGUCUACUGUCCUCAUUGCCAGUGUUGUGAUUGUGUUUGGUAUUUGUUGGACACCUCAUCACAUAGGAAAUGUCCUCUCACUCAUAAUCCUGGCCAUUGAAGAAUCCUCUGCAGCAACUCUGGAGAGCGUCAGGACCACCAUGACCUUCAUUGCCGGAGCCAUGGUGUUCAUCAGUAGCACUGUUAACCCCAUCCUCUACAUGUUUGCCGCUCGCACCUUCAGGAGCUCCCUGCGUGACACCGGCAUCCAGAAGCUCUUCCGACAUAUCUCCAGCACAUCCCCAGGCGAGGGCAAUAGAGAGGUGUCCUUUGUGUCCAAGAGACAAAGCAAUCAGACCAACAGCUCUCAGUGUGUGUUGGAGUCAAAAGACCAAAUUGACAUAUUAAUGAAAAUGUGUGAAAAUAAUACCUCCUGAUAUUUAAAAUGUAUGGGGUGGUGUCAGUCUUUGUAGAUAUUCAUAUACUCUAUGUAUUUCAUAAUUUUACAAACACAGGAUGUCAGUUUAUCUGUGCAAUACUUGUCAAACUCUGUAAAUGACCCUUUUAAAUUUUUCGUUUUGCUUUUUGUGAACAUGUAUUUAUAAAUAUUGUAUAUUGUGUACUUAAGAUUAAUGCCAUUUGGUAUUAAAAUAAUGGUACAAUAAGUAAGUAAGAUAUGUCUCAAUGUGAGUUUAUGUUAAAUUUAUUGUAUUUUUUUAUUGAUGCCAGCAAACAAUUGUACUGAUUAUGUUAUCAAUUCUGUUCAAGUCUUUUUUAAAUUUCAUUCAGUAAUUUACUCACUCAUAGCAGUUGUCUGGAUAAAGGCAAGAAUUAAUUAUU